CGAGGGAGGGGGCGCCCGCGCCGCCAUAUUCCCUCCCGCCGGCCAGCCCCGCGGCGCGCAGCCACCAUGAGCACCGCCGCCUUCCACAUCUCCAGCCUCCUGGAGAAGAUGACGUCCAGCGACAAGGACUUCAGGUUCAUGGCCACCAGCGACCUGAUGUCGGAGUUGCAGAAGGACUCCAUUCAGCUGGACGAGGACAGCGAGCGCAAGGUGGUGAAGAUGCUGCUCCGGCUCCUGGAGGACAAGAACGGUGAGGUGCAAAACCUGGCUGUCAAGUGCCUGGGUCCUCUGGUGGGCAAAGUGAAGGAGUACCAGGUGGAGACCAUCGUGGACACCCUGUGCGCCAACAUGCGGUCAGACAAGGAGCAGCUGCGAGACAUCGCUGGCAUUGGCCUCAAGACCGUCCUCUCGGAGCUCCCCCCUGCAGCCACAGGCUCCGGGCUGGCCACCAACGUGUGCCGGAAGAUCACGGGCCAGCUCACCAGUGCCAUUGCCCAGCAGGAGGAUGUGGCUGUGCAGCUGGAAGCCCUGGACAUCCUCUCUGACAUGCUGAGCAGGCUGGGUGCCCCGCUGGGCGCCUUCCACGCUAGCCUCCUGCACUGUCUGCUGCCACAGCUGAGCAGCCCGCGCCUGGCGGUGCGCAAGCGGGCGGUCGGAGCGCUUGGCCACCUGGCGGCCGCCUGCAGCACCGACCUCUUCGUCGAACUCGCUGACCACCUACUGGACCGGCUACCCGGCCCACGGGCGCCCACCAGCCCGGCUGCCAUCCGCACCCUGAUCCAAUGUUUGGGCAGCGUCGGCCGCCAGGCCGGCCACCGCCUCGGGGCUCACCUGGACCGCCUGGUGCCCCUGGUGGAGGAUUUCUGCAACCUGGAUGAUGAUGAGCUCCGGGAGUCCUGCCUCCAGGCUUUUGAGGCCUUCUUGAGGAAGUGCCCCAAGGAAAUGGGCCCUCACGUGCCCAACGUGACCAGCCUCUGCCUCCAGUACAUAAAACAUGACCCCAACUACAACUACGACAGUGAUGAGGAUGACGAGCAGAUGGAGACAGAGGAUAGUGAAUUCAGUGAGCAAGAGAGUGAGGAUGAGUACAGCGAUGAUGAUGACAUGAGCUGGAAGGUGCGCCGGGCAGCAGCCAAGUGCAUCGCAGCCUUGAUCAGCUCGCGGCCUGACCUGCUGCCUGAUUUCCACUGCACCCUGGCACCUGUGCUCAUCCGCCGCUUCAAAGAACGCGAGGAGAAUGUCAAGGCUGAUGUCUUCACCGCUUACAUCGUACUGCUGCGGCAAACGCGGCCUCCAAAGGGAUGGCUGGAGGCCAUGGAGGAACCCACCCAGACCGGCAGCAACCUCCACAUGCUACGUGGACAGGUGCCCCUUGUGGUCAAGGCCCUGCAGCGGCAGCUUAAAGAUCGGAGCAUCAGAGCGCGCCAGGGAUGCUUCAGCCUCCUCACCGAGCUGGCAGGCGUCCUCCCCGGCAGCCUGGCUGAGCACAUGCCUGUGCUGGUAUCAGGCAUCAUCUUCUCGCUGGCCGACCGCUCCAGCUCCUCCACCAUCCGGAUGGAUGCCCUGGCCUUUCUGCAGGGGCUGCUGGGCACCGAACCAGCUGAGGCCUUCCACCCACACUUGCCCACCCUCCUGCCACCUGUGAUGGCCUGUGUGGCUGACCCUUUCUAUAAGAUUGCAGCCGAGGCCCUGGUGGUGCUACAGGAGUUGGUGCAGGCCCUGUGGCCGCUGGACAGGCCUCGGAUACUGGAUCCUGAGCCGUAUGUUGGAGAGAUGUCUGCGGUUACCCUGGCGCGACUCCGUGCCACUGACCUGGACCAGGAGGUGAAGGAGCGGGCCAUUUCCUGCAUGGGCCACCUUGUAGGCCACCUGGGUGACCAGCUUGGGGAUGAGCUGGAGCCUAUAUUACUGCUCCUCCUGGACCGCCUGCGGAAUGAGAUCACCCGGCUGCCUGCCGUCAAGGCGCUUACGCUGGUGGCUGUGUCCCCACUGCAGCUUGAUCUACAGCCCAUCCUGGCCGAGGCACUGCCCAUUCUGGCCUCAUUCCUGCGGAAGAAUCAGCGGGCUUUGCGACUGGCCACACUGGCAGCCCUGGAUGCCCUGGCCCAGAGCCAGGGCCUCAGCCUCCCACCGUCUGCCGUGCAGGCUGUGCUGGCUGAGCUGCCUGCCCUGGUCAACGAGAGUGACAUGCAUGUGGCCCAGCUGGCUGUGGACUUCCUUGCCACAGUGACCCAGGCCCAGCCAGCCUCUUUGGUAGAGGUCAGUGGCCCUGUGCUCUCAGAGCUGCUGCGGCUGCUGCGUUCGCCCCUGUUGCCAGCCGGGGUUCUGGCAGCCGCUGAAGGCUUCCUGCAGGCCCUGGUGGGGACCCGUCCCCCGUGUGUGGACUAUGCCAAACUCAUCAGCCUGCUUACUGCUCCUGUUUAUGAGCAGGCUGUGGAUGGUGGGCCUGGCCUGCACAAGCAGGUGUUCCACUCAUUGGCCCGGUGUGUGGCAGCUCUCUCAGCUGCCUGUCCCCAAGAGGCGGCAAGCACAGCCAAGCGUCUGGUCUGCGAUGCCAGGUCGCCCCACUCCAGCACAGGGGUCAAAGUCCUGGCAUUCCUGUCGCUGGCUGAGGUGGGUCAGGUGGCUGGGCCAGGCCCCCAGCGGGAGCUGAAGGCAGUGCUCCUGGAAGCCUUGGGGUCACCCAGUGAGGAUGUGAGGGCUGCGGCCUCCUAUGCAUUGGGCCGCGUGGGUGCUGGCAGCCUGCCUGACUUCCUGCCCUUCCUGCUGGAGCAGAUCGAGGCUGAGCCCCGACGACAGUACCUGCUGCUGCACUCACUUAGGGAGGCCCUGGGGGCCGCCCAGCCUGACAGCCUGAAGCCCUACGCUGAGGACAUCUGGGCCCUGCUGUUCCGGCGCUGCGAGGGCGCCGAGGAGGGUACCCGGGGGGUGGUGGCCGAGUGCAUUGGGAAGCUGGUCCUUGUGAACCCUUCGUUCCUUCUGCCCCGCUUCCGGAAGCAGCUUGCUGCAGGUCGGCCACACACCCGGAGCACCGUCAUCACAGCGGUCAAGUUCCUUAUCUCAGACCAGCCCCAUCCCAUUGACCCCCUCCUGAAGAGCUUCAUCGGAGAGUUCAUGGAGAGCCUGCAGGACCCAGAUCUGAAUGUGCGCCGCGCGACUCUGGCUUUCUUCAACUCAGCUGUGCACAACAAGCCCUCGCUAGUCCGGGACCUGCUAGAUGACAUCCUGCCCCUCCUCUACCAGGAGACAAAGAUCCGCCGGGACCUCAUCCGAGAGGUGGAAAUGGGUCCCUUUAAACAUACAGUAGACGAUGGGCUGGACGUGCGGAAGGCGGCCUUUGAGUGCAUGUAUUCACUGCUUGAGAGCUGCCUGGGCCAGCUGGAUAUCUGCGAGUUCCUGAACCACGUGGAGGAUGGGCUGAAGGACCACUAUGACAUCCGGAUGCUGACCUUCAUUAUGCUUGCCCGGCUGGCCACCCUGUGUCCUGCACCUGUCCUGCAGAGGGUGGACCGACUCAUUGAGCCACUAAGGGCCACCUGCACUGCCAAGCUGGGUCAGAUGAUUGAUCUAGGGCAAAGCUGCCGCUAG